AUGGAAAAAUUGUUGGAGGAUGGUCCAUGGAUGAAUAGGAAUGUCCCGAUUAUUUUGAAUGAAUGGUCACCGUCGGUCAACCUAGUUAAAGAAGAUAUAAUGGCUAUUCCUGUGUGGGUAAAGAUGCAUGAUGUGCCAUUGGCGGCUUUUACGGAGGAUGGCUUGAGUUUAUUAGCUUCUAAAAUAGGAGAUCCGAAAAUGUUAGAUUCGUACACGGCAUCGAUGUGUGCCGAAUCUUGGGGUAGAAGUAGUUUUGCUAGAGCUCUGAUUGAGGUGCAUGCUGGAUCCGAACUAAAAAGAACUGUGAAGGUGGCGGUCCUAGGUUUGGAUGGCAGUGGUUUUUCGAUGGCUGAGGUAAAGGUAGAAUACGACUGGGAGCCGCUUAGGUGUGCUACGUGUUGUGUAUUUGGUCACGAUGGUAACUUAUGUACGAAGAAUCCGAAGACGGUGGUGGAGGAAGGGUCCAAGAGUGAUGCUGACGGUUUUAGGGAGCUUAAAGGCAAGAACAAAAAAGGUGGCCAGCAAGGGUUUCAGGUUAAUAACAAGAAGCCGAAGAUGGUUUAUAGGCCGAUCACUAAAGCUAAAAACCAGUCGGAUAAAGCUUCUUCUUCCACUGAUCAGGUUAAGGUGUCUAACUCUUUUGAUGUGUUGCAAGAUGAGGAGGUGGUGAAUAGAAUGGCUGCUACUAAUGCUAAACCAGUGCAACAAAUGAAGUCUAUUAAUAAAGGAAGCAAGGGUUAUAAGGACCAGAUUAUAAUAGACGAUAUAGGAGUGGAUGACCUGUUAGAUGAGAUUCCUAAGUUCAUGGAUAGAAAGAUUGAUGGUAACAAAUCUGAGGGUGCAAGCACACCCGGUAACGAGGUUUCUAAUGGGUAG